AUGAACGCAGAAGCCGAAUGGCGGCAGCAGGUCGCUGCCAUGAAGGCGGCCAUCGCAGACCUGAAGCUCCCCCAAACCAACGCCAAACCGUCCGAUGCUGAUGACGACCUAGACGAAGAUGACUUUGCCAACCACAUCAUGCCCAGCGGCCAAGACGUUUGGGAAUUUAUCUCCGAUGACGACGAGUACGAGUACUGCAGCAGCGACUUUGCGGACGACGGCGCCGACGCAGCCACCGGUGGGUUUGGGGCCGAGUGGCUUGCUGCCAAAUGUGAUUCGAUUGCGGCCAAGAACGGCAUGUCUGCGGAUGUCUUUCAGUCUCAGAUUGUUAGUGUUCUGUCGUCUGGGCAGCCGGACGAUGAGCUGCAGGCGCAUCUCACUGAUCUGGUUGGGUUUGAUGACCUGGACUUUAUCAUCGAGCUAUUGGGCCACAAGGACGACAUCCUUGCGUCCGUCUCGACUCAGCAUCAUGAGCCGGAAACUCAGACGCGGAAACUCCUGACCAAGGCUCAGAGAGAAGAGGCUCUUCGUAUGCGCGACUACCAACACAAGAACGCAGCUCUGGCACCCAGCUUCUCCAAGGAGCCGCAGUAUCCUCACGUCUACCGGGCCUAUAAUGCGGGAAACACGCUGAGCGCCUCUGGCAAGAAGUACGGCUUGCCGGCUGGCAGUGAGCGUCUUCAGUUUGAGAAGUAUGAAGAGUAUUUUGUACCGGCUGGGAAGAAGGGCGUUCUAGGACCCGGAGAGAAGCUCGUCAAGAUCUCAGACUUGGAUGGACUUUGCCGCAAUACAUUCAAGGGCUAUAAGACGCUCAAUCGAAUGCAGAGCCUAGUCUACCCGGUGGGAUACAAGACGAGCGAAAACAUGUUGAUUUGUGCACCAACCGGUGCUGGUAAAACUGAUGCAGCAAUGCUCACAAUUCUUCACACCAUCGGACAACAUUGUCAGCCAAACCCCAUCGAAAACCCAGAGGCAACCGAGUUCGCCGUCAACACAGAUGAAUUCAAGAUUGUCUACGUGGCACCGAUGAAGGCCCUGGCGGCUGAAGUUACCGAAAAGCUAGGCAAGCGCCUUGCCUGGCUCGGCAUCAAGUGUCGAGAGUACACGGGCGAUAUGCAGCUCACCAAAGCCGAGAUUGUCCAGACCCAAAUUAUCGUGACCACCCCUGAGAAGUGGGAUGUCGUUACGAGAAAGGGUACUGGAGAUACGGAGCUCGUGCAAAAGGUGAGACUGCUCAUCAUCGACGAAGUCCACAUGCUACAUGACGAGCGUGGAGCUGUUCUGGAGUCUCUGGUGGCUCGAACCGAGAGACAAGUCGAAAGCACUCAGUCGCUCAUUCGGAUCAUCGGUUUGAGCGCUACACUGCCCAACUACGUCGACGUUGCCGAUUUCCUCAAGGUCAACAAGUAUGCCGGCCUGUUCUACUUUGACGCCUCGUUCCGUCCUGUCCCACUGGAGCAGCAUUUCAUCGGCGUCAAGGGAAAGGCGGGUUCCAAGACGUCCAAGGACAACCUGGACAACGUUGCCUUUGACAAGGUCAAAGAAAUGCUACAGCGCGAUCACCAGGUCAUGGUUUUUGUGCACUCUCGCAGGGACACCAUGGUGACGGCAAGGAUGCUUCACCAGAAAGCCAUUGAGCAGUUUUGCGUCGAUCUCUUUGACCCGACCGGACAUCCUCACUACGGCCAGGCAUCACGGGACAUGAACCAGUCCAGGUCCAAGGAUAUCCGAGAUCUGCUUCCUAAGGGUAUCGGUGUCCACCACGCUGGUAUGGCACGAGCCGACAGGAAUCUCAUGGAGCGGCUCUUUGCGGAUGGUGUACUCAAAGUCCUGUGCUGCACAGCUACACUGGCCUGGGGUGUCAACUUGCCAGCUGCGGCGGUCGUCAUCAAGGGUACUCAGGUGUACAGCGCCCAGGACGGCAAAUUUGUUGACCUCAGCAUUCUUGACGUGCUCCAGAUCUUUGGGCGUGCUGGUCGUCCCCAGUUUGAGGACACUGGUAUCGGUAUGAUCUGCACCACUCUCGACAAGCUUCCUCAUUACCUGUCAGCCAUCACGGAACAGCAACCUAUCGAAUCCAAGUUCUCGACCAAACUGGUGGACAAUCUCAAUGCCGAAAUCGCCUUGGGCACUGUCACUUCCAUCCCGGAAGCCGUUCAGUGGAUCGGAUACUCGUAUCUGUUCGUGCGAAUGCAGAGAAGCCCCAUGAACUACGGCAUUGAGUGGGCGGAAAUCCGAGACGAUCCAAACUUGGUUCAACGGCGUCGCCAGUUGGCGAUUCAGGCAGCGCGGACUUUGCAGCAGUGCCAGAUGAUUAUUUUUAACGAGAACACCGAAGAGCUCCGCAGCAAAGACAUUGGCCGCAUUGCCAGCCAGUACUACAUCCUCCACACGAGCAUACAAGUCUUCAACACGAUGAUGCAUCCCCAAGCCACCGAGGCUGACGUCUUGAGGAUGAUUAGCAUGAGUGGAGAGUUUGACAAUAUCCAGUCCAGGGACAGCGAGGCGAAGGAGCUGCUGCAGUUCAAGGACAUUGUCCCGUGUGAUGUCGACAAAGGCAUCGAUACGCCUCAGGUCAAGACUAACAUUCUACUGCAGUCAUACAUCUCCAAGAUACAGCCGGAUGAUUUUGCUCUUUCCAACGAUAUGAACUACGUUGCUCAGCAAUCUGGCCGAAUCUGCAGGGCCCUGUUCAUGCUUGCUCUGAAUCGGAGAUGGGGCCAUCAGUGCCUGGUGCUUCUGACCCUGUCCAAGUCGAUUGAGAAGAGGAUCUGGCCAUUUCAACACCCUCUCCAUCAGUUUGACCUCGCAAAGCCAAUCCUGAACCAGCUCGACUCCAAGGAGAACUUGACCAUUGACGCCAUGAAGGAAAUGGAGCCGGCGGAACUCGGAAGCCUGGUGCACAAUCAGGGCGCUGGAAAGAACAUUGCCAAGAUACUCAACAAUUUCCCAAUGGUUCACGUGGAGGCUGAGAUUGCGCCUCUGAAUCGAGAUGUUUUGCGUAUCAAGCUAUAUGUCAUUCCAGACUUUGCGUGGAAGGAUCAUAUUCAUGGGACGUCAGAAUCCUUCUACAUCUGGGUCGAGAACUCGGAGACUUCGGAGAUUUACCAUCACGAAUACUUUAUUCUCAACAGGCGAAAGCUUCAUGAUGAGCACGAACUCAACUUCACCAUUCCCCUGUCGGACCCGCUGCCGAAGCAGAUCUACGUCCGGGCAAUCUCUGACCGAUGGCUUGGGUCGGAGACGGUGACACCCGUAUCCUUCCAACAUCUCAUCCGCCCAGAUACGGAAAGCGUGUACACGGACUUGCUCAACUUGCAGCCGCUGCCCAUCACUGCGCUGAAGAACCCAGGUCUGGAGGAACUGUAUGCGAAGCGCUUCAGCUUCUUCAACCCGAUGCAGACCCAAAUCUUCCACACUCUGUAUCACACCUCGGCAAACGUUCUCCUGGGAUCCCCAACGGGCAGUGGAAAGACGGUUGCCGCCGAGCUUGCCAUGUGGUGGGCGUUCCGGGAACGACCAAAGUCCAAGGUGGUGUACAUUGCGCCAAUGAAGGCUCUGGUUCGCGAGCGUGUGAUUGAUUGGGGUAAUCGCCUCGCUAAGCCGCUGGGACUCAAGUUGGUCGAGUUGACGGGUGACAACACCCCCGACACGAGAACGAUCAAGGACGCGGACAUCAUCAUCACAACUCCCGAGAAAUGGGAUGGUAUCUCCCGUUCUUGGCAGACGAGGGGCUAUGUUCGGCAGGUCAGCUUGGUGAUUAUCGACGAGAUUCAUCUGCUGGCUGGAGACCGUGGUCCGAUUCUGGAGAUUAUUGUUUCUCGAAUGAACUAUAUCUCGUCGUCAACCAAGAACAAAGUCAGGCUGCUGGGUAUGUCGACGGCAUGCGCGAAUGCUACUGACCUGGCCAACUGGCUUGGCGUGAAGGAAGGGCUGUUCAACUUUAGGCAUUCAGUCCGCCCCGUGCCACUGGAACUGUACAUUGAUGGCUUCCCAGAGCUUCGAGGUUUCUGCCCGCUGAUGCAAUCUAUGAACCGGCCCACGUUUUUGGCAAUCAAGAAUCACAGCCCUGAGAAGCCCGUCAUCGUGUUUGUCGCAUCCCGACGACAGACUCGCCUGACGGCCAAGGAUCUCAUCAAUUACUGCGGUAUGGAGGACAAUCCCCGACGCUUUCUUCGGAUGGACGAGGAUGAUUUGCAGCUCAAUCUGUCGCGCGUCAAGGACGAGGCUUUGAAAGAAGCCAUCAACUUUGGCAUUGGACUUCAUCAUGCCGGUCUCGUUGAGUCUGAUCGACAAAUCGCCGAAGAGCUGUUCUUGAACAACAAGAUUCAGAUCUUGGUCGCAACUAGCACCCUUGCCUGGGGUGUCAACCUGCCAGCUCAUCUCGUGGUUGUCAAGGGCACCCAGUUCUACGACGCCAAAACCAGCGGCUACAAGGACAUGGAUCUCACCGAUGUCUUGCAGAUGCUGGGACGCGCUGGACGACCUCAGUUUGACAACUCUGGCGUGGCUCGCAUCUUUACACAGGACGCAAAGAAGGAUUUCUACAAGCACUUCUUGCACACUGGCUUUCCCGUGGAAUCAUCGCUGCACAAAGUUUUGGACAACCACAUCUGUGCCGAAAUCUCGGCAGAGACAAUCAUGAAUAAACAGGACGCACUCGACUAUCUCACCUGGACAUUCUUCUUUAGGAGGCUCCACAAGAAUCCGUCAUACUAUGGACUGCAAAUCUCGGCGGAAGAGCACAGCACCAUCGCCGCGCAGCAGCUGGCCAACGAGUACAUGAUCGGCAUGGUCGACAAGUCCAUCGAGGAGCUCGAAGUGUCCAAGUGUGUCGAAGUCUUUCCCAACGGCGACGUCGAUCCGACGCCUCUCGGCAAGAUUAUGAGUUACUACUAUCUCUCCCACUUGACCAUCCGCCACCUCGUGCGCAACGCAAAGGCAAACGCGAGCUUCCUCGACGUCCUAUCGUGGAUGUGUCACGCCACCGAAUACGACGAGCUCCCUGUCCGCCACAACGAGGACCUGAUCAACGACGUACUCUCGCAGAACCUCCCCUUUUCGGGCAACUCCUUCAACCUCCCCAUGUGGGAUCCGCACGUCAAGUCCUUCCUCUUACUGCAGGCAUUCAUGUCGCGCAUCGACCUGCCCGUGACGGACUACGUCGGAGACCAGACCAGCGUCCUCGACCAGGCGAUCCGUAUCAUCCAGGCCUCCAUCGACGUCCUCACCGAGAUGGGCUUCCUCUCGAGCUGCCUCCAGAUGAUGAAGCUCCUCCAAAGCAUCAAAUGCGCCCGCUGGCCCACCGAUCCGCCCGCCUCGAUCCUCCCCGGCGUAGAACCCGACGCCUCUUCCCCAUCCAAAGAAAAAGACGAGCCCUCCCUCGCGACAAUCAGCACCUACUCGCAAGACCAACUCACCUCGUUCGCAAACAAACUCCGCAUCCCGUCCGGCAUGCAGUCCCGCUUCAAGCGCGCCGCCUCCAUGCUCCCCAACGUCGCCGUCUCCGUCAGCGACAUCACCACGCUCUCGCUCACGGUAAACAUCAAGCGCCUCAACCCACUCCUCGACCGCGAAGCCCGCAUCUGGGCGCCCAAGUUCCACAAGCCCCAGACAGAAGGCUGGUUCGUCAUCGUCGCGGACGUUGCCAACGACGAAGUCAUUGCCGUCAAGCGUCUCGGCUGGGCCGGCCUCUCGUCGUCGUCGUCGUCUACCAGCGGCAUGAAGAAGGCCCCGUUAGGUCAGGGCGGCUCGUGUCCUUCUGCUAGGGCGGUGCUGAGGCUGCCUGAACCAAAGGGUGGAGAGGCGCGGAAGCUGGAUGUCCUUGUUGUGAGCGAUGGGUAUGUCGGGCUGGAGCAUAGGGUGCUGGGGGUGGAUAUCCCGGCUCCGCCUGCGGUGGACGACGACUUGAACAAGUCGAAGCAGGGAAAAGUGACGGCAGGAGCAUCAUCAUCAUCGUCGUAAAGCAGCAACAUGGAGAGUUACUCUGAGAAGCAUCUGGAGGGGGACGUUGGAGGAUUGAUAUGAAAGCUGAUAUUUGUCAUACUUUGCUUGAAGAUGGACUAUAUAGACUGUACAAGUAGAAAGUACAAGCAUGCUACCUCGCA